UUCUUCUCAGCCCACCCAUUCUCUCUCUCCCUCUCUCGACACUGUAACGCUCUAUAAUCUCAAGAGUCUCACUCACAAACAUAAAGCAACAGAACAAAAUCAGAGCACCCUCUCUCUCUCUCUCUCUCUCUCUCUCUUAUCAACAAGAAGCUUCCGUUGUUUUCUCCUAAAAACCCCUUUCUCUCUCUCUGAAAAGCUCAGAGCUUUUGGGUUCGGUGGGGUUGAAAAUGGCGGAAAGUGGUGGGUUCGAGGGGGACCAUUUGGCGGUGACAGAGGGGACUAGCUUCUCUCAGCUACUCUUCGCGGCCGACGAAGUCGUUAACCUUGCCGUGAACUCCGACCAGACCUUUAACUACACCUGCUCAUCUACUUAUCCUACCGAGAUUAAGCUACCCAAAAUGCUCUGCUUCGGAAACUACGACCACCAAACCGACGUUAACGGUGUCGAAAGUGGGUUUUCAGAAACCGCCAAGAAAUCAGCCGUCACAUGCAGCGGCUCCUCCUCCGUUUCUUCCACAAGCACCGCCAGCAUCAGUGCAUUGCCCAAGUCCAACAAUAAAAGGCGAAAUGGGUUGGCUCCGAUCAGCAACACAACUACUCCGACAACCCAGAGAGCCACUAAAAAGACGAAAUCGGAGAAUCGCACGUCGGCCGGCAACGGAAAGAGGAAAGAGAAGCUCGGAGAACGAAUCACAGCGUUGCAGCAGCUCGUUUCACCCUACGGCAAGACGGACACGGCAUCGGUGCUUCACGAAGCGAUGGGAUACAUCAGAUUUCUGCAAAAACAGGUUCAGGUGCUGUGCUCGCCUUACCUUCAACGCCUAGAGCCUCCUUCAUUACCUGUACAUGGUGGAGUUGGAGAGGUAAAACAAGAAGCAGGAAGAAGCGACCUGAGGAGCAGAGGACUGUGCCUGGUUCCUAUGGAGUACACAAUGCACAUCGCGAACAGCAACGGUGCGGAUUUUUGGUUACCCGCCAUGGCCACUAACACCAACAUUAAUCCUGUGUCAUCUCCUUCAACCAAUUAUCGAAUGGAAUACUAGUACAAACUAGAAAGAAACAAGCAUGUUUAGCUUAGCUAGUUAAGCUAGUGGGGAAGGAAAGGACGGCGUGGGCUUGGUAGAGGGAGGCAGAGACGUCGAGGAAGAUCGAUGAGUGUCCGAUCAGAUGAAGAUCAGAUGAGGGUCAAUUUCUGGAAAUCGGGGAAACCUUUCUGGAGGAGAGGCUGACUGAAAAAAAAAAAAAAAAGAGAGAGAGAGAUGAGGGUCUGAUAAAAAGAAAAGUCGAUGCUUUUAGAUGAGGAAAAUGGUGGUGGGUGGAAAAAUAAUAGAAUAUUAAAAAGGUUUUGUUGUUAAAUAAUAAAAUAUUGUAGCAUUUGUUAAAUUAGAAAGUGUCGAGAUGAAAAAUUUAAAAAUUAACUCAAACAACUUUUGCACAA